CUUUGCUUGGAUUGCCUGCGUGGUUCUCAUAUACAAUUUGCCAGUGCUUGUGAUCUAUUUUUUACUUGUUAAUAACUUCCUUCCUCAAAGCUAUGGCCGAUGAAAGUCUUUUGAAUGAUUCCAACCUGGGAGCGCUGGGAAGCAACGAUGAUGAAGCCGAACUGUUGAUUGAGGAUGACUAUUUAAAAGGAUCAGAAAUGCAAAUCGACCCAGAGCUCGAAGCUAUAAAGGCAAGAGUCAAGGAAAUGGAGGAAGAGGCGGAAAAGUUAAAGCAGCUGCAGUCUGAAGUAACAAAGCAAAUGACGCUUGGCUCGCCUACUGGUUCGACACCAAUGUUGACGGCCGAGGAAAAGGCCGAGGUUGACAAUCGAUCCAUUUACGUCGGAAAUGUUGAUUAUGGUGCUUCGGCUGAGGAGCUUGAGGCACAUUUCCAUGGGUGCGGUGCUAUUAAUCGUGUGACGAUUCUUUGCAAUAAGGCCGAUGGGCACCCAAAAGGCUUCGCGUACAUCGAGUUCGGUGCGAAGGAAUUUGUUGAAACGGCUCUCGCCAUGAACGAGACACUUUUCCGCGGACGACAAAUCAAGGUUAACCCCAAGCGUACAAAUCGACCGGGAAUGUGUCAGACCAAUCGUUUUCCGCGCGGUGCAAGAGGUCGUGCAGCUCGUGUUUCGCGUGCUUGUUGCUACGGCGUUCAUCGCGGCACCAGGCGACCAAUCCGAGGUUACAGAGGUCGUGCUACUUAUUACGCACCUUAUUAAGCAGAGUUAUUUGCCAGUACAACCGCAUUAAGCUGUAGGUGGCAUCGUUACAUAUAAGGAUUGUAAAAAAUAUUUAAUGAUAUUUUUCAAAAAACAUUAUUUGUCAUCUCAACUUGCUAAGCACCCAAGGCUUACUCACUUCUGCUAAUUAUUAGAAUACAGAGCGCAGAAAUAAGCAUGACAAAUACAUAAUUCCUGGUGUGGGAAUUACAAAAAUAAUGUUUUUUGAACGAUCAAAAACAGAACAUUACAAAGCAGAUUGUGACAGAAAAGAUGAUCGAAAACCAACCAAAAAAACAUUCACACGACCUGUCAUGGAUAUCAACGGAAAAAGAUUCGGCUCCGCAAAAAAUGCAAAGCAAGAAAAAAGUGAGACAAAAGAAAAAAAAUCAUGUCGAAGAAAAGAAGAUGAAAAAAGAUUCAAAAAUAGCCCGAAAGGGGGGGUGGCUGGUGUUCACAAACAACUAACAUUGAAAAAAGUGGCGCCUUUAAAUAGAAAUAAAAAAUAAAUUGUAAUAAUAAAACAAAAAAGGAAAAGUAUAAAGGGAAAAUACUAAACCCCAAAAUAAAUACCAAUCGAAAAGAGACGAUAUACAAGAUUCUACAGCAAAAUAGGCGCCAAGACAGAAUGGAACAUGCACGAGAAAUUAUUAAUAAAA